ACUUUACAUUUGUCAGUGUCUUGUCUCAAUUGUCUAUAUAAUCUGUGUUUCGAUUCGAAAAUCCCAAAAUUAUAUAAUUCAACGAUAAAUGUCUUAUAUCUGUAUAUAAAAUAAACAGAAAUAAUACUAAAAUUAGAAGUGGCUUUAAUGUUUAUUAAACUGCAAUAAUGUUGAAGUUUGGUAUAAAGACUGCUGUAUUGGGCUCCGCUGUUUAUUACACAGUCGAUAAAGGCGUAUGGAAGGACAGUUCCACGACGUCCGCAUUGUAUGAAGAUCUUGAAAAGGGCGUCUCGCCAUAUGUAGGUGAAUUGAAAAAGCAAAUUCCAUAUGAGUUGCCUCCGUUACCUUCAAAUGAUAGAAUAUCAUAUUUAUUCAAGUACUAUUGGAACUGUGGAGUGAAAACGACAUUCCAAUUUCUGGUGGAUCUCCCAACACAUACAAGCAAUGCAGCUACUAAAACAUAUAAUUUGAUAUCUUCAUCACUCACAGCAGAGCCUACUACAAGUUCUAGUGAACAAAAAAGAAAAUGAGGUCAUUUAUAAAACAAGGGUUAUUUAUAGUGAUUACUGUAAUUAUUUAUUAAAAUUUUAAAAACUA